AAGUUCAUCACCUUGUGUCACUCAGUCAUCGUUGGUGUUUUCAUCCACAAUGAAACAGACGCCCAUCAACUCAAGUAUCUUGUGCAAUGACUAUGAUAGUAUUGGUGCGUUUGAAAAGACGAAAGAUAUUGCUCAGUUUAGUGAGAAUAAGCCAAGUGUAAACGAGAGAGUAAUUGUUAAAUUGACUUGCAUGAAUAAAGGCAUUUCUAGUUUCAAGUUACUAAUUGAAUGCUAUUAUCUUUGGUGUAAAUUACUCUGUUUCUACACUUGGUUGAUGAGAUAUGCUGUGUGUUUGUUCGUCAUCUAUAUUCUACGAUACAAUGACAUGGGCGUGUUACCGUUCAGAUUUGAGUAUAUAGACGAUAGAAGGAAAUCAGCAAAUGAACUCUGCAACGAUUUUCCAACCUAGAGCGUCAACCUGAGAAGGGUUGUAGGCGUACUGCUGUAAGUCCUACAAUUCUUCAAAGGGUAGCGCAUCAAUGAGCAGUCCAAUGUGCUCGGUGUGUGAUUUUGUACAUAUGUUCAUAUUGUAUAUACUGAAGUGGUAUCAUUUAUCAUCUAUCUGUUGGUAAUUCUGUUUGUGUCCGGACGACUUCCACUUGGAUCAUCAACCUGAGAAGGAAUGUAGGCGUACUGCUGUAAGUCCUACAGUUCUUCAAGGGUAGUUUGUCGUGUCAGAAUCCACAACAUUUGAUGUAGUCAUUGUACAUAUGUUUGUGUUAAAUAAUUGUGUGAGUUCCAAUUGAUGUAAUUGUUGGUUAAUCUUGUUUGUGUCCGGACAUUCCACAACUUACAAUCGUCAACCUGUGAAGGUUUGUAGGCGUACUGGUGUA